GCGGCGUCCAAAGUUCAUUCGACAGCCAUGGGAACUUUGUCUCUGACUGAUGGGACUUUGAAGAUUUCCAUUUUAUCAUUUUUUGAAGGGAAUGCCUUAUACUGUAAAAAUAAUUUCGACUAAGAACAUUUUUUUAAACACCGACUGGUAAGAGCUUAUCAAGAAAGUUACAUAAGAAAGAAGAGUACUGUUAUUCCCACCAGCCAGAGUCGAUAUAAGAAAAACUUGAGAACUGGCGGGAAAAUAGCUAAAUUGACAAUGCCGUCGGCACUGCUGUGAACCCUACUUCGACUUAUUUAUGUGUAUGCACUUUUUGAUUUAUUGCCAGUACGAAGAUGUGCGGAUCUGUGCGCCUUGGGGUGACAUUACGGGUCGCUGGUAUGGCAAUCGGAACGAACGACCUAUACUUGCCCUACACGGCUGGCUAGACAAUCUGGGCAGCUUCAACACUCUAAUUCCACUCCUGCCCGACUAUUUGGGUGUUCUAUGCAUCGAUCUGCCCGGUCAUGGACGCUCUAGUCGUUUACAGGCAGGCAUGCGAUAUGCAGUCUAUGAUUAUGUGCUGAUCAUAGCACGAGUGAUGAAGGAGUACAAAUGGACGCGGGUCUCGUUGAUGGGUCAUUCGAUGGGCGGUGUGAUAUCGUUUAUCUACGCAUCUCUUUGUCCUCAUAUGGUGGACAUGGUUAUUUCAUUGGAUAUUCUGAUACCUCCCAUAUUAGGCGCGAAAUUAAUAGACAUGAUGUCAUAUUCUACGGAAAAACAACUGGUCGAGGACGAACGUUCCGCUGAAUGGCAGCUCCACGAACCACCUUCCUAUUCCCUUCCCCAGUUGCGGGAACUUAUCACCCGAGGCAGCAGGAACUCGGUACCGGCAGAAUUUGCACCACAUUUGCUUUACCGAAGCGUGGCAAAGUCUCAACUUUAUCCGGAUAAGUUUUAUUUCUCGCGCGAUGGUCGCGUCAAGUUCUACAAUUUAUUCGUCAUAGAUUCGGGUUUGGCUGCCGAAAUGGCCAGACGCAUAAAGAAAAUACCCUACCUCGUUAUUAAGGGCUCAGAAUCGACAUACAUUGACAAAAGUUCCAACGAAGUCCUGUCCAUUUUGGGCUCACAGAACCCACAUUUUGAGUACCAUGAGGUACCCGGCAAUCAUCACGUGCAUCUCACGAAUGCUACGGAAUGUGCCCAAUACAUUGUGCCCUUCAUACGGCAUCAUCGUCCGCCCACAUUAGGCAGUUGGUCAAUGGCGGAAGAGGAGGCUGCGUCUGGCAAGAGGGACCAGCGACGAAAGGCGCAAGAGCGCUUUUUCAUUUGGCGUAGACAAAAGCCAAGGGUGCUAAAUAAGCUAUAAUUAGUGAGAAUGUAUAGUAUUCCAAUAAACGUAACAGUGAACAAAAA